GGGGAGACGCGCGGCGGGAGCCCCGCGCCAGCAGCACCAUGGCCACCAAGGCUCGGGUGAUGUAUGACUUCGCUGCUGAACCUGGAAACAAUGAGCUGACAGUUAACGAAGGGGAGAUCAUCAUAAUUACCAAUCCGGACAUAGGUGGAGGUUGGUUGGAAGGAAAAAACAGCAAAGGAGAGAGGGGACUUGUUCCAACAGAUUAUGUUGAAAUUCUAACUGAAAGUGCAAAAGAUGGAUUUCCUUGUGGCAAUUCAGUAGCUGACCAAGCCUUUUUUGAUUCCCUCUCCUCAAGUACAGCUCAGAUCAACUCAGCUGCUAAAAACAAUAACCAGGUCAACAGUGCCCAUGACCCCUGGUCAAACUGGAAAUCUGGAAAUGUGGACAAUGCAAAUUCUGGUGAUGGCUGGGCAACCAAACCUGAAAGUGCAGCGGGGCAGAAAAACACCACUUCGAACAACUGGGAGGGAGCAGCACAAUUUGGGCACCCGCAGGCCUAUCAAGGCCCAGCGGCUGCUGAUGACGACGAUUGGGAUGAUGACUGGGAUGACCCAAAAUCAACGGCACCAUCUUACCUUGGCUAUAAGGAGAGUGAGUCUUCUGAGGCAGGGGGCCCACAGCGUGGAAAUACUCGUGCAGCUGCAAUGAAAUUACCACUUAACAAAUUCCCUGGAUUUGCAAAACCUGGAAUGGAACAGUAUCUGUUGGCAAAGCAGCUAGUAAAACCCAAAGAGAAAAUUCCCAUAAUUGUUGGAGAUUAUGGUCCUAUGUGGGUUUAUCCUACCUCUACGUUUGACUGUGUGGUGGCAGAUCCCAAAAAAGGUUCCAAAAUGUAUGGCUUGAAGAGCUACAUUGAAUAUCAGCUAACAUGUACUAACACUAAUCGAUCUGUCAAUCACAGAUAUAAACACUUUGAUUGGUUAUAUGAGCGUCUCCUGGUUAAAUUUGGAUUUGCCAUUCCAAUCCCAUCUCUUCCCGACAAGCAAGUCACAGGGCGCUUUGAAGAAGAAUUUAUCAAAAUGCGCAUGGAGAGGCUGCAGGGUUGGAUGACCAGGAUGUGUCGUCAUCCGGUUGUUUCAGAAAGUGAAGUUUUUCAGCAGUUCCUCAAUUUCCGGGAUGAGAAGGAAUGGAAAACUGGGAAGAGGAAGGCAGAAAAAGAUGAGAUUGUGGGAGUAAUGAUCUUUUCUACUAUGGAACCCGAAGCUCCUGACUUGGACAUGAUAGAAAUAGAACAGAAAUGUGAUGCAGUAGGCAGAUUCACCAAAUCCAUGGAUGAUGGAGUUAAAGAGUUGUUGACAGUGGGACAAGAACACUGGAAGCGUUGUACUGGACCAUUACCCAAGGAAUAUCAGAAGAUAGGAAAAGCCUUACAGAGUCUGGCACUGGUUUUCAGCACCAGUGGUUACCAAGGAGAAUCUGAUCUCAAUGAAGCAAUAACAGAAGCAGGAAAAACAUAUGAAGAAAUUGCCAGUCUCGUGGCAGAACAGCCAAGGAAAGAUCUCCAUUUUCUGAUGGAAACUAAUCACGAAUACAAGGGAUUUCUCGGUUGCUUCCCUGACAUUAUAGGAGCUCACAAGGGAGCAAUAGAAAAAGUGAAGGAAAGCGAUAAAUUAGUCGCAACCAGUAAAAUAACACCACAGGAUAAGCAGAACAUGGUGAAGCGUGUAAGCACCAUGGCUUAUGCAUUACAAGCGGAGAUGAAUCAUUUCCACAGUAACCGGAUUUAUGACUACAAUAAUGUGAUCCGCCUGUACCUGGAACAGCAGGCGCAGUUUUAUGAAACGAUUGCACAAAAGCUGAGGCAGGCACUUGGCCGCUUUCCGGUGAUGUAGAAAUAAACUGGGAUGGAUAAUGAAGAAAACUCCAAAGUGCUUUUCUGAUUUGGGGGCAAUGCGACUAAAAAAUUUGUUAGUCUUUGUCAUCCAAGAAACCAAAAAACACCACACCAAAAGGAAAAAAAAUCUGAAUUGCAAAAAAGUUAAAAUAAUUUAAGAUGUUUACUUUUAUCCGCCUUAGUCUUUGCCAUCCAAAAAAACCAAACAAAAUCUGAAUUGCAAAAAGAGUGACAAUAAUUUGAUGUUUACUACUUCAGCCUAAAUGCACCAGUUAUUUAGGUCUAUAUUUAUCUUGAACACUCUCCCUCCAUAGCUAUCUUUUAAACAAAAGCUGUCUCUUGCUGGAAAGUGCUUUCAAUUGUAGGGAUCGAAAUUGUCAAACUAUUCUGCGUUGCCAUGGAUUACAAACAGAUUCAUGGUUUGUCAUAAAUUCUUCCAGUUUGCUCUUAACUAGUGUCAGAUGAUGAGGUAUUUUUUCAUUUUAAAAAAGUGAAUAAGCCAGAAAAAGAUGGUUUUUAUAUUUUUUAUUUUCCUUAUAUUCUUUUCAGCAGUUAUAUAAAGUUUGUGUAUGUUUCAGUUGCACACUCAAGAUAAACUCUUAAUUGUUUUGUUUGGUGUUGCUCUAUAUGGUUGUGCUUUCCAACAUGUACUUCCAGCACACAGUCUCCAUAACACGCUGGCUGGCAAAUUGUUCACUUUUUUCCAUAAUUACUUAAUAUUCCGUUCUUGUGGAACAAAGCCUUAGAGCUUGUGUGUGUGUUGGGCUCUCCCUCCCCUCCUGGCCAUGCACUGUGCAAAGAAGAGACAUUAACCAAGGACAGAGCCAUUCCAGGAAACUGGAAAAAUAUUCUUUCACACCAGCAGUCUGACCACAUUAAAUAUUAUGCAGCCAUGGGCUACCUCUAAUAGGGUACUCAGUGCUGUGUCCUGGCCAUCAUUCUCCCCUUUGCCCUACAGAAGUCAGAGUAUCCGCAGAGAUGACACUUCCAGUCACUUUUGACACCAAGUGACGGGAGUCCCCAGAUUACUACCCAACUCAGGUUUUCACAUAGUAGCACAACAUGCUACUAGCUUCCAU